AUGCUUGUAACCUUGGUCGUCGGCCUCAUGAACUCGGUUUCGGCCAUCCUGAACGGCCUUGUCCGUCGUCAGCAUGGCCUCCGUCACUAUCUCGCAAAUGGAAAGGGCAUCCUCGGAUGCCUCGACGGCCAAAAACGAGGAAACGACUGGAUGAAGGAGAUUGGUGACGAGACAUUGCUCUCUGCGAUGACCAUCCCAGGAACACACGACGCCGCGGCUUACAAUUAUACUGGCGACCUGCACGAAUUUUGGAACUGCCAAACACAACCGCUCUUUGCACAACUAGAUAGCGGUAUUCGUGCCCUGGACCUUCGCUACGCUCUCUUAGACGGCAAACUCCAUUUCUUUCAUUCCAUUGCACUCCUUGACAAAAAGGCCGAAGUGAUUGAUAUAGUCUAUGGGCUGCAUGCCUGGUUACAAAAGCAUCCGUCGGAGACAAUCGUCGUCUCGUUGAAAGUCGACAAUGGGGACCCAGCUGGUGAAGAGGUUCAGCGUCUGAUGGGCGAAGUCUUGGACGUGACCAAGGCAUUCUGGGUAGAAAACGUGACCACGGCAACCACUCUCAAAGAAGCGCGCGGCAAACUCGUACUAAUGCGCCGCUUCCCAUUCAGUAGACCUGUUGGUUUCGACGUCGCUCUCGACUGGAAGGUCAACGACGGCAACUUCAAAAUGCCUCUUGACACAGAAGGAAAGACGUUUGCACAGAUUGAGGACUUUUAUCUACUUCAGCACCUCGCCCACGACGCAGAAAAGCAAGUUGAGAAGAAGUGGGACGUGACAAAAGCCCAUCUUCUCAGAGCACAAAAGGCAAUCGAGACCGACCCAAAGGAUUUAUGGAUCACCUUCAGCAGUGCAGUAGGCGACAGGAAGCUAGACGAGACAGAGGACGUCACACCACGGGUUAUGGCACUCGGUCGAGGGUCUGUCCACGGCGUCAACCAGCAUAUGAAAGAUUGGUGCGCUGCGAAUCGGCCAAAAGCUGUGGGUAUUGUAUUCAUGGACUUUGUAACUGUGAAGCGAAAGACUGGGCAAGGAGAGCAGGAGGAGCUCGACCCCGACUUGAUUCGAGCAUUCAUCGAAAUGAACCCAGGCAGAACUACAUCAAUUCCGUAA